GUCAAAAUAAAAUCAAACGUAACGAAUUUAUCUCUAAUUUUAAUUUCUACUGAUAAAAAACCGAGUAAAAAACUGGAAUUUUAUCAAAAAAUAUUCAAAAAUUAAUAAUUCUUCUGCAGUGCAGUGGACACUGACUGGUAAACUACUUUGGUAAUGGUGUGCUGUUUUUGUUGCAAGAAAAAGUGGAAAUUGGAUAGAGAAAACUAGAUGGCUUCACUAAGCUCAAAACAACUCAAAAGUUCGUCUUGUUCCUCUAUGGAAAGUGAUGAAAUAGCAAGCGAACAAAAAAAGAUCAAAAAGGGCAAAAGCAGAAAGAAAAUAAGAUCAACAUUGGGUUUGAACAAUUUCUUGGAUUUAACCGAUGACCAUCCUGUGACCAAAUCAGCCAAAAAAACUAAAACGAAAAGAGGCGAGCGCUUGGAUUUUUUACCAUCUCUCGAAGGUAGUUCACAAUCAGCUGAAUCUGACUCACAAGAUGCUGGAACCUCGGGUAGAAAUUUGAGACGCGGAUGUUCAAGAAGUUCCCAAAAAACUUCUAGAAAUUUAACAAAAAUGCUGUCAGUAUCUGAAGAAAGUGCUGUUGAAUUGGACAAGGAAAAUGCGGAAAUGCCACGGCAAUCUAAGAGAAAGUCCAAGCGUAAAUCAAUCAAGCAAAAUGCAGUUAUUGAAACUGGAGAUAUUCCUAAAAAACAGCUGGAUGAAGAUAAAGAUGUUUUGAAUGUGACUAAUGGAAAAGAAGAAAAACGUCUCAAUUCAAUAAUAAUGAAGAAUUCGCCAAGACCAAAAAGAUCUGUUUUAGAUUCUCCAAGAGUUGCUGCCAAAUUAAGCAGCACUCCUGCACUAUUCAAAAAGCCAGUGAUUGGUACCCCUGCAUUUAAGAAUUCCCCUAAACCAAAAAGAUCAAUUGUAGAUUCUCCAUCAGUGAAUGAAGAUCAAGGAAUUGCAGUUUCUGAUGUAGUGAGGAAGAAAUCUGCAUUGCAACGAAAUAGAUCAAUUAGUGCUUCGUCCCUUGGAAAAGUAAAUGAAGAUGAAGUAUUUACAGAAGGAGUUUCAAAUGUGCUUGAAGCUAAAGUUGUUAACAGUUUAAAGAAAAACUCUAAAUCCAAAAACUCCCCAAUUGUUGAUUCUCCAAUGCCAAAGCAAAGACUGAUUUCCAAAUUAAGCAGCACUUCUGCCCUCGAGAAUCUCAAUGAAGAUGCAGAAGAAGUUGAAAUUAAGGAAAAAGAUAUUAUUGGAGCUAUGAAAAAUACUGCAGUAGACAAUUUAAGAAAGAACUCAGUAUUGAGAAAUUCACCAAGACCUAAUAGAUCUGUUUCGGUUGUCAAUUCUCCAAAACCAAAGACAAGUUUUGUUGCUAAACUAAGCAAAACUCCUGCGCCUAAAAAUUUAAAGAAACAAUCCACUUAUACACCUACAAAUAAAGCAAAACGUGCCACUACUUCAAAAACCAAAUCUCCAGAAGCAACUAAACAAGUUCUAAAUAAUACUUUUGACAUUAGCACUACAGUUUUGCCAUUAGCCGAAGAAAACGUUUUCGAUUUUGAUGGUUUCACCUUUGACUUUACUGAAAUUGGAGACAAAAAGCCUACAAGACGGUUGAGUUCUAGAAAUAGUAAAACUUCAUCAAAAAGUGAGGCAUCUGUCAUUGUAAUUAGUGAUUCUUCUACAUCAAGCCCCAAUAAAACCUUUGAGAAUUCGUUAAAUGAUGAAGUUUUCCAAAAUAGUAAGAAAUUAACAACAGAAACUGCUAUGAGCGACGACAUAUUCUAUGAUUCAAUUUGUCAUUUGACUACAAAAUCAAAAGUUGACAACACUACUGGAAGCGAUGAAGUAUUUUAUGAUUCAAUUAGUCAGCCAGUUUUAACUAGAAAAUUUGGAAUAAGUCAGUCAGUUGAUGAAGAAAUUACUUGGCCGAGCCCUAGAAAACUGAGAAAUACAUUUGAUAAAGAGGAAAUUAAUCAAGAAAAUCUAAACACUACUUUUGAUAAAAAUGACAUCGAUGAUAAUUCAAUUUACCAGCAAAGGUCUAAUAAAAAAAAAUCUUCAAGUGACAGUACUGGUCAGAGUCCCAAGAAAAAGCUAAGAACUACUUUUGACAAAAGUGAAAUUGAUUCUUUUGUGAAUGAAAUCACUAACCCAAGUCCAAAGAAAAAAUUGAAAAGUACUUUUGAAAAAACUGAACCUACUUUGUUGGAUGUUCCAGUAUUUAAUUAUCAAGUGAUUGAGCCCACACCCAUUAAAAACCCAAAAAGAAGCACAUUCGAGAAAUCACCAACAAAUGACCAAAUUCCUUCCCCUAAUAAAAUUCCUUUGGAUGGUAAUAAGAAAAAUAGAAGAAGCUCUUUUGGUGGCAGAUUCAAUCUGCCUCAAUCUGAAGACAUUUUGGAGCAUUUGAAUAUUACAAGAAGGGAAUCAAAGAAAACUAGUUUCAAGAAGAGAGCAUCUUCAUUCAAAUAUUCAACAGGAAGCGAAGAUGAGGCUACAAGACGUACAAACUUUGUCACUUUACGCCGAUGCAAUGCCACCGCGAAGUUGAACCAAAGUACGCCGUUAUUUGGGUCAAAAACUCCAACUGCAUUUGAAGAACUGAGAAACUUGAGCUCGGAAAAUAACGACAAUAAAACCGUCACUGUAGUAAAAUCUCCAUUGCCUCCAAAAAGUGUACAAAAAAGUAUUUUGAAAAAAUCUACGAAAGACUUUAAAAAUGAUAUUCAAGCAGUCGUCAAUAUGCCAGCUGAACAAUUAGACAAUUUCAUGCUGGACAACGAAAAACCAGACUUUUUGAUUGACACGUUUGCCAGCAUGGGAAAGGUUUCACUUAAACCUGAACCAUUUUCUCCAGAGCGUCGCAGGUCGUCAAGAAGACGCUGGUCUCAGUCUAAAAAAACCCCAAUUUUAGAUAAAUUAGCUGAAACUUCAUUGAGCUCUGUUAACAGGUCAGUUAGGUUCGAGCUUCAAGAAGCCCAAGAAGAGGUUCAAGCAACCAAAACCCCAAAAAAAUCUGUCAAAAUCAAUAGUCCUUUGACCACGCCCAAAGGAAAGCAUGCCCCAAUGUUAAUCAAAAAAACACCAAAGCCCAAAUUUAGCGCUGAUGAUAGUGUAAUAAUAAGUAAAAAUUGUGUGUCCCCAGUCGCUUAUAUGUCACCGCCCGGUUCUACAAGCACUCCAAGGAUUCAAAAUAAAAGCCUUUUACAGAAAGUGCUUACCAAUGAAAAAAAUAAAGCCGAAAAAAUGCUCAAAAACACUUCUUCUCGAGUUAAAAUGCCCAACUUUGCAAAAAUCCACGAACGUCGCAACGAAAAAUUGGAAAGCAUUCAAGAUUUGGUUGAAAGGAAAGCUCAAAGGGCUCAAUAUUUGAUGUCAGGUGGUAAAAGCCUUGUAGCGGCCAAAGAAAAAGCUGAUAAGGAAUCCAAAAAAAAACUAUUUGGCGAUGAAGAUAAAGAGAAAAACGUCUUAGCUUCUAGAUUGCCUGUACUUAAAGUCACCAAAAUGAAGCAGAAAAUUAUCAAUAAGAAACGGGCUUCUUUAGAAAAGAAGCAGAAAACUGCAAAAUCGCCUGCACAAAAAACAACUCCUCAAAUAAUAAAGAAACCAGUACCCAUGGAAAAGAAAAAUGCAAUAGCUGCUGCUGGGCCUAGUGGAAAAGUGAUUUCUAGAUUUGGAUUCAAAAUGCAAACAGACAAAGUUAACAUCACAAAAGAAGAGCAAAUCAAAGCAGUGUGUACCAAAUCGAAAUUCAUUCCGAACUCGAGCAGGACUGAUCAGAAUAGGAAAAACACUGUUGAAGUGAGGACCAAUAGAAGAUUCGAGUUGUUGAUGAAAAUGAGGGCCAACAAAAAUUAGUUUAUUAUGUAUGUAUUUUAGUUUUUAUGUGAAUGCAUGUUCAACAUUUUCUUUUUUUAUUAUUUUAACUUUGGAAAAUUUGUUUAUUUGAGAGUUUUGCAUGGUUUUUAUUGAAAAUUUUGAACCUGUCACUUUUAUUAAUUUUUACAUUUGUUAGAUUUAAUUGGAAAUUAUUUUGAUAAUAAAUAUAAAGUUGUUUUAACUUU